AUAUGUCGAUAGAGGAAAUUCCCGUGAUAGAUAUUAGCUCUCAGAGUUUAACCGAAGCGACUGCAUCUUCUCUAUUCAAAGCAUGCACUGAAUGGGGGUUUUUCUUCAUAAAAAACCAUGACAUUUCGAAAGAGUUUUACCAGAAACUCAUCUCCGGCAUCGACCUGUUUUUUUCUUCUCCCGAGGAGACCAAGCAAAAGCUGAAACACGAAAUUCCCUCGUACACCCCAAGAUUUGUGAUGUCGCCUUUAUUUGAAAGCUUUAGGGUUUCCGGACCCAACUUCUCAGCCUCUGCUGCUGCGCAGGGUUUCACUCAAUUCCAAUUCGGCCACCAAGCUACUGAAUUCAGCAAUCUUCUAGACGAAUAUGGAAGCAAAAUGACAGAAAUAUCGAAAAGAGUACUGAAGCUAUUACUAAGCAUCUUGGGAGAUAAUAUUGAAAACAAAUUCUAUGAUCCCGAGUUCAGCAAUUGUAAUGGCUACCUAAGAAUAAACGGCUACACUCCUCCUGACAUGAAUGAUGAUGAAGAAGUUGAACUGCUCGAGAAGCACACCGACGUCAGCUAUGUGACAAUAGUGUUCCCAAAUGACAUCAGGGGGCUACAAAUGAGAUCGAAAGGAGGUGACUGGAUCGACGUAAGGCCAAGUGAGGACGAUGUUCUUUUGGUGAACAUUGGAGAUUACAUGGAGGCUUGGAGCAAUGGGAGGCUGAGAUCUGCCGUACAUAGAGUUGUUUUAAGGAAAAAUAAUAUGAAAAGAUUCUCUAUCGUUUUUACAUCGACACCAGAUGAAUCUAGAGAAAUAUAUGCCCCGAGUGAGGUUGUUGGAGAAGGGAAAUCAAGACUUUACCGCUCGUUUUUUACCCAACAAUAUAAGCAUUUCAGGGAAAACAGUUACGAGAAAAUCGGAGCCUCAAUUAAGGAUUUUGUUGGAAUAUGAUGUCAUUGGAUUAUCUCUUCGGACUCGAUUACAACAAAUAAACAUUAAAAAUACUAAAUUAUCGAUAUUUGGAUAAUAAAUAACUAUCUUAUGAUGUACUGAAAUAUACACUAGAAUUGACUUGUGAUGGCAUCAGUAUAAAGUUAAUAUCUUGGAUUAA